AUGAAUGAAGAUUAUGAGGCUGGUGUUAUUGUGUUACAGCCCAAGAUUACACCCAAGGACAAUUGUGUAGUGUGCGGUGCCGGGACCUUCAUGGGAUGUGCUGACUGCUUCACCCUCUAUUGUUCAGUAAACUGUCAGGCUAAAGACUGGCCAUCUCAUUCAAGAACUUGUAAAACAUCAUCAAGGAGUAAUAGUGGCAGUAGAACUGAUCUAUGUGGAGCUGGUGAUAACAGAAAGAUGAGACAAGACGUGACCAAUGGCUUUAGAUCAGCUGCAAACCGUUUUGAUGAUAGACCACAGUCUAAUGACAAGUUGCAAAAUCGUUUCACAGACAGAUGCAUUGAUCAGUUCGCUGAAGCCAACCAAGAUGAAAGAAGUCAUAACAGCAGUCGCAAGAACAAUCAGUCCAAUUCAGACCCACCGAGAAACUUAUUUGAAGAAAGAAGAUCUAGAUACAACACAAACAAGGCAAACAACAAUGAUAGUGGUAGAGGUGGUGGACAAAAGCAAAGAGGUGGGGCGCAGAGGAAUCAGUACGAGAGAAGAAACAUAAAAGAUACCAAUUUAAAUUCCAAAACGGAUGCGGAUGAUGAGAAAUGGGACACUCAGGUAAAGGAAACUAAUGCUGCAACAAACUUUGAAAAACCAACUACAGGCAUUGACUUUAUCCAAAAAGAAAAAGCUUUUCUUCAAACUGCUAGUGAAAUAACCACCAAGCAGUUGGCUGUUGGUAACACACCUGUCACAAGUUCUACAACUCCCAAAACAAAGGCAACAACUGCAGUGACUGCUCCAUUAACAGUUGGAAAAAAGGAAGUUGUAGUUAUCAUUUACAAGGAGCCUACAAUGAAGUAUAUCUUCUAUGUUCAGCGCACUAAGUCAGCAAGUCAGUUUAAUAUGUUGACAAGUAAACUAGAAUCCAUCUCCAACUGGUCUCCUAUCAGUGGCAGCCCUGCUCUUGGCGACUUGUGUGUGGCAGAGUUUGAUUACGCGUGGAGUCGUGUGCAAGUGAUCUGUUUGAAUCCUCUCACUGUAAAGUACAUUGACUUUGGCAACUCUGAAAUAACAACUGCAGAUAAACUUUUUACAAUUCCAACUGAAUUAAAGGACAUUCCUCCAUUUUUAAUAAAAAUCAAACUGGCAGAUGAAACCCCGAAGAACUACUUGGAGACAGAACUAGGAGAAUCGUUGACAAUAGAGCCUAUAGAGCAGGUGGACGAUUACUGGAUUGUAAAGGUAGAUGGUGUCCACCUCCCCACAAAUGGGACUCGGUCUAAUCCAGUGACACCAACUCUGGCUCCAACACAUGCUACUGCACAAGUGAGUAAUACUACUGCCUCUAUAUCAUAACCUUCU